AUGUUACCAGCCUGAAUAAGAGACCUCUACUUUAAAAGGAAGAUACAACAAGGGGCAAGGGGCAUAAUUCCAUCAAAUACACUAAUUUGAGUAUUAGGAUUGUUAAACCACAUGCAGAUGAUGAUGAUAAAGAUAUAUUUUGAGUUUCAAGUCAUUAUCUUAUAUAGUACCAAAGUUAUGUCCAGAAAACAAAGUUUGUAAAAAAUUUAAGAAUAAAAGUGGCAUAAUUCAUUCAAAAAUACAAAUCAGAGUUAUGGGGAUUGUUACACAUAUGCAGAUGAUGAUGAUAAAGAUACAUUUAUCUUAUAUUGCAUUAAAGUUACUAAGUAUCCAGAAAGCGAAGAUUGCAAAAAAGUCUAAGUACAAAAGGGGCAUAAUUCUGUCAAAAACACAAUUAGAGUUAUAGGGUAUGUAGCCACACAUGCGGAUGAUUAUAAACAAAUACUUUUAAUUUCAAGUCAUUAUCUUUUAAAGUACCAAAGACAUGUCUAUAAAUGAAGCUUUUGAAAAAAUUUAACAUGAAAAUAAUUCAAAGUAUAACUCCUUGGUGACCUUGACCUUGGGUAUAAUGGGCCCAGCCCCUACACAUAUGUUGGAAAAUGUUUAUGUGAACUUACAGUAUGAUAUAAGCAAAAGAAACAAAGAUAUGACAGAAAAACAAAGGUUGCCGAAAAUCUUUAACUUAAAAAAUAACCUAAGUAUAACACCUUGGUGACCUUGACCUUGGAUAUAAUGGGCCCAGUCCCUAUACAUACUUUGUCUGUAUGCUGGACAAUGUUUAUGUGAAGUUAGAGUAAGAUAUAAGCAAUAGUAACAAAGGUAUGACAGAAAAACAAAGGUUGCCAAAAAACUUUAACCUUAAAAAUAACCUAAGUAUAACACCUUGGUGACCUUGACCUUGGGUAUAAUUGGGCUCAGCCCCUAUAUAUACUUUGUUUGUAUACUGGACAAUGUUUAUGUGAAGUUACAGUAAGAUAUAAGCAAUAGUAACAAAGAUAUGACAGAAAAAACAAAGGUUGCCGAAAAACUUUAACCUUAAAAAUAACCUAAGUAUAAUAGCUUGGUGACCUUGACCUUGGGUAUAAUGGGCUCAGUCCCUACACAUACAUUGUUUGUAUACUUGACAGUGUUUAUGUGAAGUUACAGUAAGAUAUAAGCAAUAGUAACAAAGAUAUGACAGAAAAACAAAGGUUGCCGAAAAACUUUAACCAAGAAGGGUCACGCCGACGCCGGGGCGAGUAGUAUAGCCUCCUUAUUCUCCGAAUAGUGGAGCUAAGAAUUGUAUCAAAUAAGAGCACCGCAAAGCCAAGCAAUAUAUGCCCAAAGGUAUCUUUAAUUAUAAGUUAGGUACUGUUGUGAUUACAGACAAACUCAUAUUAAAUAGUCAAGGGUGUGACACAACCUGACUGUUUAUAAUACAUGUGACUACUAGUCAAUAAGACAAGUUGAAAUUAGAAUAAAAUGUCCAUUUUGGAAGAUAACUGACUGGCUGAUACAAGUGAUUGCUAAUGCAGGUUUGACUUUAUAGUAAAUAAGAUGAGCCGUACCAUGAGAAAUCCAACACAGUGCAUUUGCAACCAGCAUGGAUACAGACCAGCCUGCACAUCUGCGCAGUCUGGUCAGGAUCCAUCCUGUUCACUUUCAAAGCCUACUGCAAUUAGAGAAACCGUUAGCGAACAGCAUGGAUCCUGACCAGACUGCACUGUUUGACCAAUCAUAUAACGUUAAUGAUCUUCUGCAGUUUUUAUCACACUUUGGCCAAGUGCAUAUGAACAUUUUUACACUUACUUAUGUUUACUGAGUGCUUAACACAUGUUAGAUUAUCACUGGAGGUACUUUCAAAUUAGAUUUUCAUGUACUCAAAGAUAGUUAUUUCAGCAUAAGUAUAAAUCUGAUACACUUAGCCACUGAAAUUAUGUGAGUACAUGAACUAUUGUGAUUUUUUUGUUAUUGUUGAGUUAAACGUCGCACCGACACAAGACUAGUACAGGUCAUAUGGCAACUUUUCAGCUUUGAUGGUGGAUGAAGACCCCAGGUGCCCCUCUGUGCAUUAUUUCAUCACGAGCGGUCACCUGGGUAGCCAACUGGAUGGCUUCCUCACAUGAAGAAUUCAACACCCCAAGUGAGGCUUGAACCCACAUCGAUUAGGGGCAAGUGAUUUGAAGUCAACAGCCUUAAACAGGCCACGGAGUCCCCAAACUAUUGUGUUAUAUGUUAUAUUACCUAUUAAAAUUUGCAUUAACAAUAUUAUUAUCUAUGUUGAAGAAAUUUUAUAAUGAUGCUUCAGACCAAGUUUAAUGAAGAUCAGUCAAGCAGUUCCUUAGAAGUUGUUAUUUUUACUUUUAGCCCUAACAGCCCCUAUCUGAAAAAAGUUUGAUGAGGAUAUCAUUAUGAUGCUACAAACCUUGUUUGACGAAGAUUCAUCCAGCAACUCAUGAAAAGAAAUCAUUUAAAGGCAUUUCUAAUUUUAGCUCUAGCGACCCCAAAAAUUGGAAGAUGACCUUAUAAUGAUGCUACUGGUGUAGUUAAUUUGAUGAAGAUCCAUCUAGCGGUUCAUGAGAAGUUCGGCAAAGUUUUCCUUUUUUAGCUCUGACGGCCCCUAAAAAGGGCAAAGGUGAAUCAUUUGAACAAACUUGACAGAGGUCCAUGCCAGGAUGCUAGGACUUAGUUUGGUACAAUUCUGAUCAGUAGUUUCAGGAGAUAAUGUUUAAGUGAAAAUGUUGACACAGGAUGAUGGACAGCACCCUGAACAAAGUUCAGGUGUAACUAAAAACAGUGCAAAAAUUGUGUAUCUCCAAUUUAAAACAUGAAAUACACAUUCUUAAGCAGCAGUUACACAUGAUUAUAUGAAACAAUUUAAGACAGCGUAAUUGGUGUGUAUACAUAAAUUAUGAUAUCACUUAGUUUCGUUUAUCUUAGUUAUUGUACAAUUUAAUUGAUCUGUCAAAACAUGUUCCCGGCUUUCAUGUUAAUCUUAUAUAGGCUCAAACAGAAUAUAAUGAAAGCCGGAUCAAUUUUUUGACAGGUCAAAUAACUUGGACAAUAUACAGUCGAAACUCGGUAUGUCGAACUCGCUUACCUCGAAAUUCUGCUUAAGUCGAAGAAAUUUUCAAGUCCCGUCAAAUUUCCUUCUUUACAUAUGUAAUUCAACUCCGGUUACGUCAAAAUUUGACUUACCGAGACUCUGGAUAUGUCGAAAGGGAUUUUCAGUCCCGUUAGUAAAAUUCAAGUGCACUGUAAACUCAAAAGGUCGAAGUGAGGAAAAUAUGCGAUAAAAUUUCACACAUCUCACUGUGAUUGUUGUUGGUUUUUAAUACAUGACCAUGUUUAUUGCCUAACCAGAGAGCUGCGAUGCCGACAUACCAAAGGUGCGGCGAUAAUCAAAGCGAGAUGAUGUCAUACUUGUUUGCACGUGCCAUAAUUAUAAUUGUUAGAUGUAAACAUUAGAUUUCUUAAUCAGCGGUCAUUUGUUUUUGAGACGUUAUGAAAAUUGCUUUUAAUUUAAACUAAUGAAUUAAUUAGUUUGAACAGCUGGGAUCUUUGAUAAGGGUUAAUUAGAGGUAAUCGCGAUGAGAAUCUAUCAAAAUUUACUUCUUGGCGAAAUGUAUCAUUCGUUCAAAAUGUCAGAUCGAAAUGCUGUCAAUCCUUCGCGAGAGAAACGUGGUACAAAAAGGAACUUUGCUAAAAAGCAUUUGAGGUUAGUAUUAUUUUCAUUAGUGCCGACAGCGUAUACACAGCAUAAUGGAAACAGCGUUUAUUUUUCAUUAAAACUUCUCAUAACUAAACCAACUUUUAUCAUCAUUUCGUCCAUACGUCCCUUCUCAUAACUCGAAUUUCAGUUAUCUCGAAAUAAAAAGCACGGUCCCUUGAAAUUCGAGAUACCGAGUUUCGACUGUAUUGCAUUAUCAGUUUAUUUGCUUCAAGAGAUGAUAAAUGUAACUGUUCAAUUGUUACAAUCAUGUAUUCUACUGAUUACAUCAGGUUGACGUUCUGAUAAGAAAUAUAAAUCUUAGUGAACUUCGUAUUUAAAAGUAGGUGUAGAUAGUGUACUGCUAGGAUGAGUGCAAGGACUUGGCUAGACAUUUUGUAAAUAUUUAAGUUCCUAUGUAAGAAUUGAUAACUAUUAGAAUACUACAACCAAUCCUCAGUGAAACUAGGACUGAUCUUUGCAACGCAAAAUGGCAUCUGGAGGAUUAAUAAAUACAAACCUACUUUCUGAUGAAACCUUUGAUUUCUUGUGUACAAUGUGUAAACGUAAGGACAGAAACAGAGAAGCAGAGAGGUAUUGUGUUGACUGCGAUGAUUACUAUUGCUUAUCCUGUGUCAAAGUUCACGAAGACGUUCCACCACUAACUAAGCACCAGAUUUUAAUCAAGAGCCAGUUUUUGCAAAGAACCAGCAAGACACCACCUAUGUUACCCACAGAGAGAUGUGAGAAACAUGUUCACAAGUUGGUGGAUAUGUACUGUAAUAACCACGACGAUGUCUGCUGUGCUAUAUGUCUUGCUACUGACCAUAGGUCAUGCCAAGAUAUCUUCUACAUACCAGACUUUAUCAAGAACAAUACCAACAUACCUACAGGAGAUGACAAAAGCAGUCUAGAAUUAACUAUGAAAAAGGCAAACGAAUAUGAAGACAAACUUCAACAUGAGAAACAACAACUGCUAGCAAACAAGGCAAAUGCACUGGAAAACAUUAGAACAUCUACAGAAGAAAUCACUGAAAGGCUAAAUGAACUUAAAGAAAAAUCUGUUUCUAAUGUAGAAAGUGUAUAUAAAACAUAUACAAAUGAAACAGAAAAGAAGAUCAGUAUGCUGCAAUCAAACAAAACCAGAGUAAAGUCAGCUCAGGAUAACAUAGAAUCUGCAGGAAACAACUUACCUCAAGUAUUUGUAAGUAACAAAAUAAAAUCAAGAGCUGCCAAUGCUCUUCAACAAGUUUUAGAUGAAAUCGACAUCCUGAGUCCAGACAAUAUUCCAGAGUUCAGAGCUGAUGAAAAAAUACUGGGGCUAUUAAAUAAAUUUGAAGGUCUGGGAAAGAUAAUAAAGAGACAUGAUAAUACACAUACAGCUACUCCUGAUGUAGAAGGCAAGACUGCUAGGUAUCUCACAGAUGAGCAUAUAUUUGCUUCAAACAUGACUGCUGAAGAUGGAGAUGGGCUUGACACCGUAACAACUGAACAUACUUCUAACAUCAAAAUAACAGCUGGAAGCAAGACAAAGAGCAAUACUGCAACUGGAAACAAGGCUUCUAGAAAAGUUGCAGCGGAACAAGAGGUUUCAACAGCUACUGAGAAGACUGCUACAUACAAAGAAAGAAACAAGAAUGUUCUACUUCAAAUCAAGGAAAAGAGUGUCUAUUGUGUUAAAACGGAAUCAGAUCCAACUACCUGUGACAUCAAUAGUGUCUGCACCAUGGAAGAUGGUACAAUAAUACUGAGUGAUUACUUCCACAAGAAACUGAAAAGUUUUGACUGUUCCAUAUAUAAAAUCAAAGACUCCUGUGAUUUACCUCGACGACCUUGGCAAGUUUGUGCAAUAAAUCACCAAGAAGUUGCUGUCAGUCUUGCUGACAAACAAAUUAGUUUCAUCUUUGUUAGCAAAAUGACAAAAAUCAAGACAAUACAAAUGGAUCAUGAUUGUUACGGACUAUCGUAUGCAAAUGGUAAUCUAUAUAUUUCUGACAAUGACACAUCAGUUUAUGUAUAUACAUGUACCAUGUCAGGAAGAAAGCUCAAGCAGUUCAGCAAUGACUUAUUUAAAAGUCAAAGUUUAUUUGAUAGAUGGAUACGUGUUAGUUUGAAAGGUCUUGCCGUCAAUGAAGAUGGCUCAAGAAUUUAUUUAACCCAUCGUAGUAAUGGACUGAUUGUAUUGGAUGAUAGUGGACAGAUUGUCGGACAUUAUAAUGACAAACAGUUAAAUCUUGCAUUUGGUUGUCACUUUAUCACUGGUAUGGGAGUGCUUGUAUGCGGAUUAGAAUCGAACAAUGUGUUGCAGUUUGGACCCUCUGGAGAGCUGAUAGGAGAGAUUCUGAUGUCCGAUGGGGGGAAAUACACUUGCAAGACAGUUUGCUGUAAUGAACAAAUGUCUAAAAUGAUCGUAUGCAGGGGCGAUACAGACAACAUUGAAAUCUAUGACCUUGUAUAAUCUAACAGAAUAUUAUAAAAUAUUCUGAGCAAUGUAUGAAAUACAAGUAUAUGGUUUCUUGCCUUUUUCAUCUAGAAAAUUGAAAGCAUUAGGAACGACAUUAUUUCAUAUAGCCAAACUGACUGCGAUUCAGCAGACUUACAUUGUUCAAACAAACUGUCUUGUUGGUUUGGCUCCUGCAACGACAGAAGAGGUAAAGCAAAUCAUUCGAAAACUUCCAAACAAAUCUGUGAACUUGACCCUUUACAAACAUGUCUUUUGAAAAAAAGGUCUUGAUGAGCUCUUGUCAUUGAUAACAUUUUUUUUAACCUCAUAAAUACAAUGGAAUUAGGUUAUCUACCAAGAGUUUAAAAUUGCGAAAAUAAGACCUCUGCUUAAAGAACCAGGUUUUAAACAAAAUAUUUUCAGAAACUACUGACCUAUGUUCUUCCUCUCAUUUAAAAAAUCUUAGAAAAGGUAGUAGAUGCACGUUUUGAACAGUAUUUGAAUGAAAAUAUGCUACACAAGGGACUGCAGUCUGCAUACAGAAACUUUCAUUCAACUAAGUCAGCCUUGAUAAAGGCAAAGAAUGACAUCCUCACAUCUCUCAAUCAACAGUCCUUGUGCUACUCAAUCUGUCUGCAGCUUUCGACAGAAAUGACCUCCAAACACUGUUAUACUAACUCAAACAUCAUACUGGUGUCGCAGACAAAACACUUGCAUGGAUGUCAUCAUAUCUUAUUGACCGCUUUCAAACUGCGUGCAUUGAUAGUGAGUUGUAUAUGCCUAUUUUGAUGAAAAGAAGAGUGCCCAAGGAAUCAGUACUUGGUCUAAAGAACAAUAUCAUGUACACUAAACCCACUGGUUCCAUUAUGCAGAUGUCAUGGACUUCUUCAUUAUUUCUAUGCCAAAGACUCUCAAUUAUACCUGUCUUUUAAGUCCACAGAAACUGUGGCUAGAAGUGAGGCUUUGUGCCGCAUUAAGAGCUGCCUGGCUGAAAGUCUCAUGGAUGCAUUACAACAUGCUGAAGCUCAAUGCUAAUAAAAUGGAGGUGACCAUGAUGUAUGGCAAACGCAGCUUUUUGUUCACUGCUCUGAAGCUUUGGAACUCCCUUCCCGUCAAUACCAGGGAAGCUCACACGCUAUUUAAUGUACAACGCCAGUGAAUAUACUAUGUGUAAAAUUAGGCGUUUAAUCAAAUAAAGCAGUUUCAGUUUCAGUUUCAGCUGCUUUCAAAAGCCCGCUAAAACCCCACUUCUUUGUACAAUAUUUUGUUUACUGACAGGAACAUUAUUCUUUUCAUAAUACAGCGUAGAACAGUAUUUGAUCCUAGGGUCACUUAAAUACUUUUAUAUAUGUCUAUAUGCUUGUCGUACUUUUAUCUGUAUGUUCUACAUUUGUGACUUUUGUUAAUGUUGAAUGCAUAUUUGUUUGUAUUGUUUGCAAUUUAUUCUGUAAAGCACUUUUGAAAGUGUACAUGUGCAUUAAAAGUGUGCUAUUUAAAUGUGGUAUAAUAAAUAAAUAAAUUAAUAUAAUAAAUAUCAUGAAUAACUGGAAAAAAUAUGGUGUAAGAGCUUCCGACAGAAAUAUAAAUAACAGAACAUUAAGACUAUACACUUAGCAACUACAAAACUGACCAAAUUACCAAAUGAGUUACUGCCACAACCCCAUUUAAGUUUACACAGGCAAUUCUAACAAACACAAUCUUCAGUAUGUUACACCAAUGAUGGAUGUAUGUUAAUUACAACACUGAUUAUAUUUAAAGCCGAGUUAGUCUUUUCGCGGCCUCCACUCUGCACAAACUGUGCUUUGUGGAUACAGUCAAACUUGUAUUUAACUGCCAUGAGUCAGCAACACAAUCUGGCUGCUUAAGACAUGUUAAAAUUAGAAUAUAAUGUCAAUUUGGAAAGUAAGUAGACUGGCUGCUCAGUAUAGGUGACUUCUAAUGUAGGUUCAACUGUAUUCUGAAGAGCACCACAAUACGAGCAAUAUAUGCCCAAAGGUAUGACCUUUGACCCCUUAGUGUGACCUUGAUCUUGAAGCAAGUCAUCCAAAACAUGUGCUCUGCACGUUGUCUUGAUGUGGUGAACAUUUGUGCCAAGUUUCUUUAAAAUCCUUCAAGCAGUUCAAGAGAUAGAGAGCGGACAUGAAACAAAGUCAUAUGACCUUUGACCCCUACGUGUGACCUUUACCUUGAAAUAAGCCUUCCAAAACAUAAGCUCUGCACAUUGUCUCGAUGUGUUGAACAUUUGUGCCAAGUUUCUUUAAAAUCCUUCAAGCGGUUCAAAAGCUACAGAGCGGGCACAAAAUUUCAGACAGACAGACAGACGCCGGCGUGAUAACAUAAUAUGUCCCUUUGGGCAUAAUCAUAAUAAAGCUAGAAAAGAGAAGCUUUCUGAGAUUAUGAACCUUUAUAAGAAAUUAAAAGACGUUCUUUUAUGUUGUCUUUUUAAGUUUUCAUGUUACCUUUUUAUGUUGUCUGUGAAUGAUAAUGCAUUUUUCUGUGUAGGUUAGGGUGAAUUUUUGUUGGAUAAAGAAAACAUUUCUUUACCUUGACUUACAUCAAUAAGAUCAAUCAUAUAAUCUUGAUAUUUUUCUGUUAUUCAGAUUUCAAGGGAAGUAACUCUAAUGGUAGCAAAUAAUUCAUACUAGAGUCAUCUCGUCCUCAUAUCAAUUCAUAAACGAUUUGCUCAACUUGUCUAUGCAAGUACGCUAUUAAACUGUAGCAAAGGACUGGCUAGAAUUUAUUAUUAUAAUUUGCAAACAAUAAUGGUAUCCAGGACCCGAUCCCUAUAGAAGUUUUUUACAUUGCCAUCCUGGGGUGGGUAUGUUCGAAUGGAAUAGCUCUUAGAUUUUCCAAUGGUUGCACUACAAAGAGUUAUUUUGGCAUAAGUAUAAAUUUAACAAGAAAAAGAGUUACCAACGUCCCUUGCUUAGGGGCAUUUUUCACAAAACAUACUGCAUACCAAUACAAGAUCUUUUAAGUAAUAGGGCAACAUACUAACAAUGUACAUAAGUCAUAUACAGUCAAACUUCAUUAACUUGAACUUGGAUACUGUGAAAUCAUUUUUAUUUGCGUAGGACGAAUUUUCGCGUAUUCGCGCUAGGACCGAUGCGCGAAUUUAAAACCGCGCUAAUAUUAUUUUUUUAUAAUAUUUUCCCUUCCUUAAAUUGAAAAUGCGCGAAUUUAAGCCCACGCGAAUCAGUCCUUCUUCAUGUUUGCGCGAAAUUUCAUGCCAGCGAAUUUAAAUGAUUUCACAGUAAUUCGUACACCAUCCUUUUCUUGAACUCGUCAUCAGGUCCAAGAAAAAUCCCAGUAUAAUGAAUUAAAUUUUGUAUAAUCACUUGAACAAAUGUUGAUGGUUCCAUCCAGUUCGAGUUUACAAAGUUCGACUGUAACAAUAUAUCAUAUAAUUCAUGAAGACAUUCCGAAGUUAGAAAAUAACUGGCAAAUGCUUUCAAAUGCUAUUACCUGUAUUUUGAUUUUAUUUUAAAACUGGUAAGGAAAAAAUAAAUAAAUGAUAUAAUGAAAUAUUUCAUAUAUUAAAGAUAGCUUAUGGCAGUAACGUCAUUUUUUUCGCAAUAAUAGAUUUUGAUGAAAUGUUCUGUAUUACAAGAUUAUGCUAUGAUGUAUUGAAAAAUGAAAUAAAAAUACUAGGUCACCAGCACUGUUUCAGUUUUAUUUGUCCUUAGAUAUGAUGCUAUUUUGAAAAAAUUUCAAAAUUUCAAUAUUCCUACCAUGUGUUUCAGUAAAGUACAAUAACUAGAAUAAAUUUGAAAUCUAAGCAUUUUUAUAACAGAAAACAAUAUUUCUAGUGGAGACAUGUACAGAGAAAUUAAAAGAAAUUGAUUUUGUAAAAAAGAACAAUAGUUGUUCAGCAGACCGAUGGUUAUUUUUUCAUAUUUUUGUCAAUCUUAACUUGGUAUUUCUGCUAUGCUAUUGAGUUUCACAUAAUAGAACUAAAUCAAACUCUG